GCUUUUCUAAGAUGGUGGCACUUUCAAUGUACCUGAAGCAGCUGAACUUCAUUUACUUAUGUGCAUAUAUAUGGCUGACAACCCUAACUGGAUCUACAUACUGCUGGAAUUCUGGAUUUACAAUACCCAAUUUCAUGAAACCCAAAAGCAAAUCAAAGACUCACGCAUCAGAGCCAAUGGAAGUGGCAACCCUAGGAAGACCUCUGUCUCUUGGUAUGCUUUACGAUUGCCGCAAAGAUUCCUUCAUUCCAGGUGUUACUCUGUGGGAUAAGAAAUCACUGAGUAAAAAUGUGGACAUUCGUAAUCAGACCUUGACAGAUCUGAAAUUCAGUAGCUCUGACUCUCUUUCUAGUAAGUCCAAGCUCCUGGAUAUAAGUGCUUCCCUGAAAGUCAGUUUCUUGUUGGGGCUUGUGGAGGUGGGAGGAUCUGGCAAGUUCCUGCGUGACACAAAAUCCUCACACCGACAGUCCAGAGUUACAAUGUAUUACAGUGAAACCACAAGAUAUGAACAGCUCACUAUGUCCCAGCUGGGCCAGGUCACCUACCCUCAGGUGUUCGACCAGAAAACUGCAACUCAUGUGGUCGUUGCUGUCCUGUAUGGAGCUCAUGCUGCCAUGGUGUUUGAUCAAUCGAUUUCAGAAGAGGAAAACAAGCAGAAGGUUGAGGGUGAACUGAGUUACUACAUCAAGGGCAUUGCUAGAGAUCUCACUAAGGGAGAAGGAUCUGUAGAUAUGAAAUAUGAUGAAAAAGAAAAGCUUGAGAAGAUCUCCUGCACAUUUCAUGGGGACUUCGUACUUGAGAAGAACCCUACCACAUACAUGGAAGCCCUAGAGACAUACAAGACGCUCCCCACUCUGCUGAAGAAGAAUCCACAGAAUGUGGUUCCAAUCAAAGUCUGGCUCCAUCCUCUUCAUCUAUUGAACAAAAAGGCAGCUAAGCUGCAGAGAGAGAUUACCACAAGUCUGAUUUCUGACACUGAACAUAUAAUCGAAGAGCUGGGAGAGGCAGAGAGGACAUGCAAUGACCUGAUCAGAAACACACUGGCCAAUGCUUUCAGUGACAUCAAAGAGAGGCUGCAAUUAUUUCAGAAAUCAUUUAGCACAUACAAGUCAAUGCUUGUGGAAGCAGUUGGCAGGGUCUUGCCUGCUAUUCGAGGAGGAGAGGAGGAGGAGAAGUCUCUGGAAGACAUCCUGAAUAUGCACAGGAGCUCCCCAUUCAGUGCUGAGAUGCUUAACCAGUGGUUAAAUGAGGCAAAGUCUGAACUUCAAAUCUUGAGUUCUUUGAUCAAGACUCUACAGGGGAUCAAAAUUAAAGACGAGGUCGAACUCAUUACCACCUUAGUUGAUAGUAAUGUUGAUGCAGUCUUGAGCUUGACCUUCACAUCUUUGAAGUAUAAAGACCCAUAUCUUUCAACCCUGGAGGAGUUUGUGGAAUCUGACAAGUUUAAAGAGCUAAAAGAGAGUAAAACUUCUACUGUGAAAUCGGUUACAAAGUGGUACAGUGAACACAGUGAGAGUAACACUGGUUUUUCUGUGACAUCUUUCACAAAGUGGUUCAAUGAUUUAAAUAUCGCAAUGAAGAUGAGAGAGAACUUGUCUCAAUUCAGGAGGUUUGCAGAAGCCAAUAAAGAUGAUAAAAGAAUCCGCUUCAUUAUUUCUGCCAUCUCCAAUCCCUCCAUUGCAGGCUCCUCCAUCUAUCUGUAUGAAAAAGGGAAACUGACAGACAAACAGUUCCAGCCUGUGUCCAAGCCAUCCCCACCAAUAGUGAAGAAUGUCCUGGCCCAAGCUGUGUCCCUUAAACUGCAAAAGAGAUCUGGAGAGACAUUGCGGUACAGAGUGGAAUACAAGAAGGUGAAACCACAUUCUGGAGAUGAAGAACCAUGGCUUUUUAUAGAAACAGUUGAUGAAGACAUUACUUUGAAUGGAUUGGAGCCUGAAAAGCAGUACCUGGUCCGCUACAGGAAGGCUGGUAAAGUGGGAGUGAGUGAAGUCAGUGAUACUGUCAACACUGUCCCUUUAGAGAAGAUAUCCAGUAAGAGUGACUGCAAAGAGGCAGUAACCAACUCAGACCAGAUCAUAGAGACAGGCAUCCUGGAGAGCUAUACUCAGCUUAGUGUUUUUUACACUUACCAGUGA